UUUUGUCAGUUUGCGGCACAACUCCACUCAACCCCAGGAUAGUUGGAGGACAAGAUGCCCCUGCAGGCAGCUGGCCCUGGCAGGCUAGUCUGCAGAUGUCUGGAAGCCAUCUCUGUGGAGGUUCACUGAUCAACAAGGAGUGGGUUGUAUCUGCUGCUCACUGCUUUUCAAGCACCAAUCCAAGCGGGCUGACUGUCUACUUGGGUCGGCAGACCCAGCAAAGCAGCAAUCCCAACGAAGUGUCCAGAAGCCUGGACAGAAUCGUCUUGCAUCCCAAUUACGACAGCGACACCAAUGACAACGACAUAGCUAUGCUGAGACUCAGUUCUCCCGUUCAGUUUAAUAACUUCAUCAGACCGGUUUGUCUGGCAGCCAGUGGCAGUGUGUUCAACAAUGGCACAGACAGCUGGGUAACUGGAUGGGGCAACAUUGGAGAAGGUGUUGCUCUCCCAUUCCCUGAGACCCUACAGGAAGUGGAGGUUCCAGUGGUGGGUAAUAGACAGUGCAACUGCCUGAAAGGAGUUGGAACGAUCACAGAGAACAUGAUCUGUGCUGGUCUACUCGCUGGAGGAAAAGACUCAUGUCAGGGUGACUCAGGAGGUCCAAUGGUGAACAAGCAGCAAACGGUUUGGGUCCAGUCUGGGGUCGUCAGCUUUGGGUCUGGCUGUGCUCGACCUGAACUCCCUGGUGUUUAUUCAAGGGUGUCCCGCUACCAGUCCUGGAUCGGCUCCCAGAUCCAGAGCGACCCACCAGGCUUUGUCACAUUCUCCUCCCCUGGAUCCGAUGGUGACAGUAGCCACACCUGCCCUGGACUUCCGCCCCCACCCCCACCCUCCCCGGAUGUGACAACCCCAGCUCCCACUGACAGUCUUUCAGCUGAUGUUUGCGGCACAACUCCACUCAACCCCAGGAUAGUUGGAGGACAAGAUGCCCCUGCAGGCAGCUGGCCCUGGCAGGCUAGUCUGCAGAUGUCUGGAAGCCAUCUCUGUGGAGGUUCACUGAUCAACAAGGAGUGGGUUGUAUCUGCUGCUCACUGCUUUUCAAGCACCAAUCCAAGCGGGCUGACUGUCUACUUGGGUCGGCAGACCCAGCAAAGCAGCAAUCCCAACGAAGUGUCCAGAAGCCUGGACAGAAUCGUCUUGCAUCCCAAUUACGACAGCGACACCAAUGACAACGACAUAGCUAUGCUGAGACUCAGUUCUCCCGUUCAGUUUAAUAACUUCAUCAGACCGGUUUGUCUGGCAGCCAGUGGCAGUGUGUUCAACAAUGGCACAGACAGCUGGGUAACUGGAUGGGGCAACAUUGGAGAAGGUGUUGCUCUCCCAUUCCCUGAGACCCUACAGGAAGUGGAGGUUCCAGUGGUGGGUAAUAGACAGUGCAACUGCCUGAAAGGAGUUGGAACGAUCACAGAGAACAUGAUCUGUGCUGGUCUACUCGCUGGAGGAAAAGACUCAUGUCAGGGUGACUCAGGAGGUCCAAUGGUGAACAAGCAGCAAACGGUUUGGGUCCAGUCUGGGGUCGUCAGCUUUGGGUCUGGCUGUGCUCGACCUGAACUCCCUGGUGUUUAUUCAAGGGUGUCCCGCUACCAGUCCUGGAUCGGCUCCCAGAUCCAGAGCGACCCACCAGGCUUUGUCACAUUCUCCUCCCCUGGAUCCGAUGGUGACAGUAGCCACACCUGCCCUGGACUUCCGCCCCCACCCCCACCCUCCCCGGAUGUGACAACCCCAGCUCCCACUGACAGUCUUUCAGCUGAUGUUUGCGGCACAACUCCACUCAACCCCAGGAUAGUUGGAGGACAAGAUGCCCCUGCAGGCAGCUGGCCCUGGCAGGCUAGUCUGCAGAUGUCUGGAAGCCAUCUCUGUGGAGGUUCACUGAUCAACAAGGAGUGGGUUGUAUCUGCUGCUCACUGCUUUUCAAGCACCAAUCCAAGCGGGCUGACUGUCUACUUGGGUCGGCAGACCCAGCAAAGCAGCAAUCCCAACGAAGUGUCCAGAAGCCUGGACAGAAUCGUCUUGCAUCCCAAUUACGACAGCGACACCAAUGACAACGACAUAGCUAUGCUGAGACUCAGUUCUCCCGUUCAGUUUAAUAACUUCAUCAGACCGGUUUGUCUGGCAGCCAGUGGCAGUGUGUUCAACAAUGGCACAGACAGCUGGGUAACUGGAUGGGGCAACAUUGGAGAAGGUGUUGCUCUCCCAUUCCCUGAGACCCUACAGGAAGUGGAGGUUCCAGUGGUGGGUAAUAGACAGUGCAACUGCCUGAAAGGAGUUGGAACGAUCACAGAGAACAUGAUCUGUGCUGGUCUACUCGCUGGAGGAAAAGACUCAUGUCAGGGUGACUCAGGAGGUCCAAUGGUGAACAAGCAGCAAACGGUUUGGGUCCAGUCUGGGGUCGUCAGCUUUGGGUCUGGCUGUGCUCGACCUGAACUCCCUGGUGUUUAUUCAAGGGUGUCCCGCUACCAGUCCUGGAUCGGCUCCCAGAUCCAGAGCGACCCACCAGGCUUUGUCACAUUCUCCUCCCCUGGAUCCGAUGGUGACAGUAGCCACACCUGCCCUGGACUUCCGCCCCCACCCCCACCCUCCCCGGAUGUGACAACCCCAGCUCCCACUGACAGUCUUUCAGCUGAUGUUUGCGGCACAACUCCACUCAACCCCAGGAUAGUUGGAGGACAAGAUGCCCCUGCAGGCAGCUGGCCCUGGCAGGCUAGUCUGCAGAUGUCUGGAAGCCAUCUCUGUGGAGGUUCACUGAUCAACAAGGAGUGGGUUGUAUCUGCUGCUCACUGCUUUUCAAGCACCAAUCCAAGCGGGCUGACUGUCUACUUGGGUCGGCAGACCCAGCAAAGCAGCAAUCCCAACGAAGUGUCCAGAAGCCUGGACAGAAUCGUCUUGCAUCCCAAUUACGACAGCGACACCAAUGACAACGACAUAGCUAUGCUGAGACUCAGUUCUCCCGUUCAGUUUAAUAACUUCAUCAGACCGGUUUGUCUGGCAGCCAGUGGCAGUGUGUUCAACAAUGGCACAGACAGCUGGGUAACUGGAUGGGGCAACAUUGGAGAAGGUGUUGCUCUCCCAUUCCCUGAGACCCUACAGGAAGUGGAGGUUCCAGUGGUGGGUAAUAGACAGUGCAACUGCCUGAAAGGAGUUGGAACGAUCACAGAGAACAUGAUCUGUGCUGGUCUACUCGCUGGAGGAAAAGACUCAUGUCAGGGUGACUCAGGAGGUCCAAUGGUGAACAAGCAGCAAACGGUUUGGGUCCAGUCUGGGGUCGUCAGCUUUGGGUCUGGCUGUGCUCGACCUGAACUCCCUGGUGUUUAUUCAAGGGUGUCCCGCUACCAGUCCUGGAUCGGCUCCCAGAUCCAGAGCGACCCACCAGGCUUUGUCACAUUCUCCUCCCCUGGAUCCGAUGGUGACAGUAGCCACACCUGCCCUGGACUUCCGCCCCCACCCCCACCCUCCCCGGAUGUGACAACCCCAGCUCCCACUGACAGUCUUUCAGCUGAUGGUGAGUGGAAUUCCAAUGGACCUGCUGUUGGCCGUCUCAUCCUUUAGGAAAUGCCACUUUUCUUUUUGAUGCUGCUUUGCCUCUCAUAGUAUCUCAGGCUUGUUGUUGUUUUUUGUCAGUUUGCGGCACAACUCCACUCAACCCCAGGAUAGUUGGAGGACAAGAUGCCCCUGC